UGGAAUCACAACAAACGUGCUAAUGCCAAACAUUCCGCUCAAUGAAGCCGGCAUUUUAAUUCUUGCUGCGACAUGAGUUAAGUGGAUAUACAAAGUCCCCGACGCGUGUUGAGAAGCCCAUUCACAAACCUACAAAGUAGAACAGAAGUCGGGGAGAGUCUUUGAUCGCUCGUGCAUUUGAUGGGACUUUCUGCUCUUAUAGCUGAGAGGACUAGCGAUGAGGGGACGACACACUGAGUCUAUUCAGUGUGAGGGACCUCGCUUUGAAGAGGGACAGUGCAUCGUCUGUGAGGUGUGGGUGGAGCUCUGUUUCUCUGUGACAUGUCAGCUGUGGAGAUUUUUCAUCAGAUUCAGCAGUAGGUGUUGUUUCGUGUAGCCAGCUAUGGCACCAGGGGAUGUGGUGCCAGACCAUGCCAAGCAGGUGAAGUCCAAGGAGAAGCGGCCGGGAAACAGGGCCUCGAAAGCAGACUGUGAGCCGGAUGGGUCCUUUGUUUUUGAGGCUCACGAGGCCUGGAAGGACUUCCAUAACUCCCUCAGGCAUUUCUACGAAGUAGGCGAGCUCUGUGACGUCACGCUGAAGGUUGGCAGUAGGUUGAUACCAUGUCACAAGCUAGUGCUGGCUUGCGUGAUCCCUUACUUCAGGGCCAUGUUCCUGUCAGAGAUGUCCGAGGCUAAGCAGGAACUGAUUGAGAUCAAGGACUUUGAUGGUGAUGCCAUCCAGGACCUGGUGCAUUUUGCCUACUCCUCUAAGCUCACAUUAACCGUCGACAAUGUUCAGCCGCUGCUUUAUGCUGCCUGCAUCCUUCAGGUGGAGUUGGUGGCGAGAGCCUGCUGUGAGUACAUGAAGGCCCACUUUCACCCCACCAACUGCCUGGCAGUCCGUACCUUUGCUGAGAGCCACAACCGCGUGGACCUGAUGGACAUGGCCGACCGCUAUGCCUGCGAGCACUUCACUGAAGUAGUGGAGUGUGAGGACUUUACAUGCGUGUCUCCCCAGCACUUGCGCACUUUAUUGUCCUCCAGCGAGCUUAAUAUCCACUCAGAGACCCAGGUGUACAAUGCAGCGGUGAAGUGGCUUAAAGCGAACCCACAGCACCACGAGGCCUGGCUGGACCAGAUCAUGUCUCAGGUGCGCCUCCCCCUGCUCCCUGUAGAGUUCUUGACUGGAACGGUGGCUAAGGACGAGAUGAUCAAAGGUAACCUGAGCUGUCGCGACCUGAUGGACGAAGCCAGGAACUACCACCUGCACCUCAGCAACAAGGUGGUGCUGGACUUUGAGUAUUCAGUCCGUACAAUACCCCGGAAACACACUGCAGGGGUUUUGUUCUGUGUGGGUGGUCGGGGGGGUUCUGGUGACCCAUUUCGCAGCAUUGAGUGCUACUCCAUCACUAAGAACAGCUGGUUCUUUGGUCCUGAGAUGAACAGCAGACGGCGUCACGUGGGUGUAAUAUCUGUAGGAGGUAAAGUUUAUGCUGUUGGGGGCCACGAUGGUAAUGAACAUUUAGGCAACAUGGAGAUGUUUGACCCCCUCACCAACAAGUGGAUGAUGAAAGCUUCCAUGAACACCAAGAGGAGGGGUAUAGCCCUUGCUGCUCUUGGUGGUCCUAUCUAUGCUAUCGGAGGUCUGGAUGACAACUCCUGCUUCAACGAUGUGGAGCGUUACGACAUCGAAAGCGACUGCUGGAGCGCUGUAGCUCCGAUGAACACACCCAGAGGAGGAGUGGGAUCUGUGGCACUUGGGAGUUUUGUGUACGCGGUGGGGGGCAACGAUGGCGUGGCGUCACUGUCCAGUGUGGAGCGUUUUAACCCACACCUCAACAAGUGGACGGAGGUCAGCGAGAUGGGCCAGCGACGGGCUGGAAACGGAGUCAGCAAACUCAAUGGUUGCCUCUAUGUAGUUGGUGGUUUUGAUGACAAUUCACCUCUGAGCUCCGUAGAGCGCUUUGACCCUCGAAUGCACCGCUGGGAGUACGUGUCUGAGCUGACCACCCCCCGUGGGGGAGUCGGGGUUGCCACUGUAAUGGGAAGAGUGUUCGCAGUCGGGGGUCACAAUGGGAACAUUUACCUGAACACAGUGGAAGCUUUUGAGCCUCGAAUGAACAGAUGGGAGCUGGUGGGUUCGGUGUCUCACUGCCGUGCCGGAGCCGGAGUGGCCGUCUGUUCGUCUCACGUCAGCCAGAUCAGGGAUGUCGGCCAGGGCUCGAGCAACGUGGCCAACUGCAUGUGACCCCCCCCUGCCCCGUGGCCUGCUUAUUACCAGGUGACUGACAGCCAGGUCACCAUCAGAUCUGAUCACUGCACAAGCACACGACACAAAGCACACAGACAGUGACAGAGUGAGUUCGCCCAGCAACUUUGUCACUGUUGCCACUGUCUGAACACCAGCCUGAAAACACAUUAAGGCUGAUGUUCAGUUUGCACACAGUGACUAUUAGGGAGAUUUUACUGACUUGAAGUGCACAUCUGACAAAUCUGAAGUCUUCUCUGACAAAAUGACUCCUGCUGGUGUUAUUUGCAAUCAUUGAUGUAGUAUUUUGUACUGUAUUUUCUUUUGUUUGACUGCCUUGUCAUAGUUUUGACUUUUUUUUUUUUUUUUAAGGGAAACUAGUAACUGAGCCUUCUUGAGAAUGAGAGGUGAGUUUUGGUUCAGAACUACUGAACGGUGCACAUUAUGAACGGGGACCUUUAGUGGGCCAGUAUGAAAGCAUUUCAAAGGUCUCUUCUUUAAGACAGUUUACUCUUUGGCGCUGCAGUUGUUUUCAUUAUCCAGAGAGAUGUAAUCAUACUGGAUUCGACGCCUCGUUUUUGCAAUGCAGUGUGUGCAGUUAAAACACAAACAUUUUCUUCAGUCAUUCUGAAAUAUGAUGUUAAGAUGUCAAAUACAUUUCCAAGAUUCCUGGGAUCUUACGCCAUGUUAAGUGAAAGCAUCUGUUGAAGUAGUUAGACUUCUUUUAAAGGUGCUUUUUCAGAAUUAUUCUAUCAGCAGUUCCAACUGCAGUAAGCUGGAUCGUAUCCCAGCAGCUCUAGCUUUUUUUGGGAUUUGCCUUUAAUCAUGUUUAAACAAUCAUUUUAAGGCCUAUCGGGACAAAUCAGUCACCGGUCAGGAGGUGACAGGUCCGAGGAAUUUAACCGCUGCAAGUGCCAAACAAACAAAAAAGUGCUGCCUGCACCUGCUGAAUCCUGAGUCGCCACCUUUACCUCGACCUCAGAAUUGAGAAAGGUUUUGAUGACUAUAUAUACCUGAGAAUCAAAGACUCAUCAGAGCAAUACGAUGCAACUCUCCAGUUCUCUUUCAGUUCUACAUUGUUGUACAGAGGUCUGUUCAAGCUGACAGGGACAGAUUUUCAAAAUUCAAGAUUUGUGUUUGACGAUAGCUGGACUGUCAGAAAUCCUAAUCAGAGUGCUUUCAGGUGUGUAUGAGAUUCAGCUGAGGUUUGUCUCUGCAGAUGGUAAUGUUAUAUUUUAAUAUAUGGACAUUUUGUAUAAUAAGAUAGGUGUAUCUUUGGUAUUAUUCUUAUCUACACUAUCUAAUCCAUUGCUGUGCACUAUUUUCUUAGAAUAGGUGUGAAGUCUAAGUAUAUUUUUGUCCUAAAUGGAGAAUUUCACGUUAUUCAUGUUUGAAGAUGUUUAUUUAACACAAUUUUUCUGCCCUAUCUAAGAAACAUGUAAUAUGUGGCAACAGCUUCGUUUUUCAGAAUAGGCUGACAGAGUUUAAAACAGAAAUGCUAUAUACGGUUUAUACUACAAAUAUACAUAUUAUUGCACAGUUUGUGUCCUGCCAUUAUUAAUACUAGUGCAUAAUAUCAACAAUUUGUUAUCAAUAUUGUUGCCAACUUUGUUAACAAAUUAGCCUUUUUGUAAACUUUACUGUACUUUGUGUUCUUCCUCCUCUUGACUGCUUCCAUCUUUUGCUUUUUAUUUACAUUGUAUUGGUAUAAGUUGGUACAAUAAAGUGUUCAUUGGUGGAA